ACGAACGGCUGAGGCGGCCGGUGCCGGGAGCACACAUGGUUAAGGCAGCCGCGGGCGCACAUCUGGCGGGGGAGGGCUGCGAGCCUCGUCCCGCGCCUCGCUGCCUCCUGCGCUUCCAAAAAGUGUAUUUCCGCCCGGGCCGGGCGAGGAGAGGCGGCUCCGGAGCGGGAGGCAGCGGUCGGCCUCGGGCAGGCUCCGCGCUGGCCCGGGCGAUGCUUUAGGGCAGCAAAGGCAGCGCCGCGAGGGACAAGCCGUGCCCCAGAGGUGCUGACAUCCUAAAUCACUGCUCUUGGGCGUCCAUGGGAGGCAGCAGCAGCAAUUGGUCCAGGACUUGGCCCGGUCAGAGGCUGCUGCUCUGCUCCACUCUCAGCUUCUGAGCUGUCCCUGGCCCCUCACAGGGCACUGCCAAGGCAUGGAGGGGCUGUGGGUGCAUGGUGUCCUUCUGAUCUUCCUGCUGCCCUGCCCUGUGGGGAGCCAGACCAGCUCCAUCCCUGACCAGCGAUGGUGGACAGACCCCAAUGAGGCCCCAUCCCAGCACCAAGCUGCCAGGGCCACGCAGGAGCAGAAGGCCAAUGAUGCCCGGGAGGGGCUGCCCCCACAGCCCCGCUGUGUCCGCUGCUGCCCCCCACCCGAAAAGCGCUUCUACCCCCAGUACCAGCCCAUGCCUCAGAUCAACAUGACCAUCCUGAAAGGAGAGAAGGGGGACCGCGGUGAGCGUGGCAUGCAGGGCAAGUUCGGCAAGACGGGGGUGGCCGGCAGCAGGGGCCACGCAGGGCCCAAGGGACAGAAGGGCAGCAUGGGCGCCCCCGGGGAGCGCUGCAAGAGCCACUACGCUGCGUUCUCUGUGGGCCGCAAGAAACCUCUGCACAGCAACGACUACUACCAGACCCUCAUCUUCGACACGGAGUUUGUCAACCUCUACGACCACUUCAACAUGUUCACGGGCAAGUUUUACUGCUACAUCCCCGGGAUCUACUACUUCAGCCUCAAUGUGCACACCUGGAACCAGAAGGAGACGUACCUGCACAUCAUGCGCAACGGGGUGGAGGUGGUGAUCCUCUACGCCCAGGUGAGCGACCGCAGCAUCAUGCAGAGCCAGAGCGUCAUGCUGGAGCUGAAGGAGCAAGAUGAAGUCUGGGUGCGGCUCUACAAGGGUGAGCGUGAGAACGCUGUCUUCAGCGACGAGUACGACACUUACAUCACCUUCAGUGGCCACCUCAUCAAGUACAGUGGGGACCCCUGAGCACCAGGCCCUUCCCACUCCUCCUGUGCCAGGCCAGGCGGCCAAGGAGCCCCUGUCCCUCUCAUCCCAGGAGUGCCACCCCCAUUAUGCUGUUAGUCACCCUAGUGCCACUACCCCCAGCAGCUGCACCAGUGUGUGAAUUCCCCCUCUCCAGCACCUCAAGGCCAACCAGACACACUUGGAAGAGUUGGAGCAAUUUUAAGCCCCUGCCACAUUAGUGACCAGGAAGCAGCUGCUCAGCUGGGAUGGGCAGGGAGCUCCCGCCUCUCCCCACUGCAGAGCUGGGCUUGCCAGGUACAAGGGAACAGUGUGACUGCUGGUGCCCUGGUGUGCCAGCGCUGACACUGGCACCGUGUUCCUCCUCGUGCCAGGCUGUGCCCCCCGGCUGGAACGGGCAGAAGGUGCUCAGCACCAUCAGGAAAGGCAAUAGAUAAACCACUAAAGGCCCUCUUUCUUCCCACGUUGCAGGUGUUGCAAUGGGGGACUGGGUACCCCUGUGGGAAGCAAAUUGUGUCAGUUCCUCUGCAGAUUGCGUCACUGCUCCCCGCAGCCUCUUCUCAGGAAGGGCUCUCUCCCCACCAGAGCCCUGGGCGUGGGGCCUUUGGCCUCAGCCACUUCCUCUUCCGUUAGGUUAUCUGCUGGCCAGGCUUCAUGUUUGUGUAGAUGCAGCAGUGGCGUGGGCCAGCACGCUGACCCCCCACUCAGCUCUUGCCACAUUAAACACCUCACGUCUCCAGCCUUGCUCACA